CCUUACAAAAAUGUACCAAACGAAUUUAUACACGACUCAAACAAGUGGCGCAUGCGCAAUUCUCAAAAAGGGCUUGGCUGACAUUGAUAAUUCCUGUCGAGAGGUUAAGACGAUAAACAAUCACCAUGGCGAGUAAAACCAAAGUGAAGAAGACGAAGAAGAGGGCGCAGAGGGCCACCUCCAAUGUCUUUGCUAUGUUUGAUCAAGCACAGAUCCAGGAAUUCAAGGAAGCCUUCAACAUGAUAGAUCAGAACAGGGAUGGAUUCAUCGACAAGGAGGAUCUUCAUGAUAUGUUAGCUUCUUUAGGUAAAGACCCCCUAGACAAGGAUCUUGAAGACAUGAUGAGCGAAGCACCAGGACCAAUCAACUUCACCAUGUUCCUGACUCUCUUUGGAGAGAAGCUCAACGGUACGGACCCUGAGGAUGUCAUCGUCAAUGCCUUUGCUUGCUUUGACCCUGAAGCAAGUGGUGUCAUCCCUGAGCCGUACUUGCGUGAACUUCUGAGCACCAUGGGAGAUCGCUUUACCGAGGAGGAGAUCGAUGGCAUUUUAAGUGGGGCUCCGAUCGAUAGUAAGGGUUUGUUCAACUAUCGUGAGUUCAGCCGCAUCCUCAAGCACGGAACCAAAGAAACUUGAAGAAACUAACGUCGGUCAGACAGACAUUGCUUUAUUGGUAUUUUUAAACAUUUUUGAGGGAUUGGGGGAGGGGGAUGUAGUUGGGCAUAUAGAUCACACAAGAGAUAUUUUGCUCCCGAAAAUUUGAAAAUCGCGCCGGCCGAAAA